UGACAUGAAACACGGGAUUCGACCAGAGAUAUAUGAAAUAAAAUGACAACAGACAUGACAUGACGUGAAAUAACAUGAAAACCUGACUAGACUUGGAAUGACAGACAUGAUACAUAAACAAAACUAACAAAUUUGACGAGACACAACACCAACUACUAUAAGGUCGACUAAUGCUAAUAUUUUCUCGUCCUCUCAGCUCUUUAAGUUCAUCAACUUCAACAAGACCAUGAGCCAGCUGUCGGGCACCAUGUCUCGCUGUGCCAAGGACCUGGUGGGCUUCGCCAUCAUGUUCUUCAUCAUCUUCCUGGCCUACGCUCAGCUGGCAUACCUGGUGUUUGGAACACAAGUCAACGAUUUCAGCACUUUCCAGGCCAGCAUAUUUACUCAGUUCCGCAUCAUCCUGAGGGACUUUGAGUUCUCAGAAAUAGAGGAGUCGAACCCCGUGCUCGGACCGAUCUACUUUACAACCUUUGUCUUCUUCAUUGUCUUUAUUCUCAUGAACAUGUUCCUGGCCAUCAUCAAUGACACCUACUCUGAGGUGAAGGCCGACAUGUCCCAGCAGAGGUCUGAGAUGGAAAUGACAGAUCUCAUUAAGAAG